AUGCUUCGACCUAGCUAUAGCAGACAGAACACGUUGAACGAUGGAGCCGAUUCUAGCUCAGUUCAAUCUAGACCUCUUGAUUCAUUUUAUCUAUCUACUUUUCAAUUCGAUUCAUCUACUCCAAUCCUAGAAUUAAACCAAUUCAAGGGAUCUGAAAGAAUUGAUAAACUUGACCAGAAUCAUCAAGAUAAAAUACCUAGAAAUCAAGAAGAUCAAUCUUACUUUAAAACCUUUUCUUCAUUACAUCCAAGAGUUUAUUGGUGGUGGAUCAUAGUUUUAGGUCAAAUUUUAUUGGUUGGAUUUCCCAUUGGAUUUUAUUGUACGAUUUCUUAUUAUCAAAUCUCAUUACCUGAUCGGAUUUCUGAAUUUGCGAGAAAAUCACCUGGUUCCAUUACUUUUAUUGUGACUUUGAUUUCUAGUACUUUCUCGGGACUUUCAUCUUUUCUUUUUUCUCAUGCAGUUGUUAAUUUCUUGGCUCAUCGACUUGCUAGACCUACUACUUUGUUUGAACUUUCUACUGGGAUCGAAAUAUCAAAAGGACAAUUCAUCUUUAGAAGAAAAUAUCCUACUUGGACAAUCUUAACCUUACUUGUUGGACUUUUACUAAAAACUCUCACAGCAAGUUUUGCGACCUUGAUCACUCCUACUGCAAUUGUUGUGAGUACACCAUUGGAAGGUGUAGAGAUUGAUAUUGGAACAGAAUCAUUUGUUAAGCUCUUGGAAAACAGUGAUACAUACAAAAAUAUGAUUUCAUCUUUAAGAAGUAAUAAUCCAACAAGCUUUAGUUCAAUCUUAGUUUCAGCUGGUAUGGCAGCGGCAUAUGCUAGACUUAAAUUCACAAGAUUACUUGAAUUUGAUCAUGCAAUGUUCAAUUCAUCAACAGGUGGUAUCUUACCUGUUAGUGCAUUUGAUGCAGAAAUCGGUCCAACAACUAAUUCAGUCGAACAAAACUUGAUUGGGAUUCCAGUUUCUGAAAAUAAACCAAUAAGGUAUAAACUUAAAGGUCAAAACGUUAGAUCAAAUGAAGUAAUUCAACCUUCGAAUCAUACGAUCCUUCAACAAGGAUUUACAAGUUUAGUUGAUUGUAUGAUACAUGAUCAUACUUUAAUUAAUGCUACCACUCAGUCUAGUCCGAUUUUGGUUUCGGAUUCGACUAGAGCUUUGAAUUAUUCACUGAAUAAAUGGUCUUUUAAUGCUUCUUGUCCAAAUGGAGAUAGAUUAGGUGAAUUCUCAUUUGAUAUCCAUUUUUUUAUGCUUUCGAAAACUGAUUUGAUGAAUCUUUUAGAUCUUGAGGAUGUUGUGACGGCUAUUAGUACUAACUCUGGCAGUGGAGGAUUAGUAAUGGUUGCUUUAUGUCAAGAUCAAAAUUUCAAUGGGAUAGCAAGUCCAGGAAAUCAUUGUGAAGGUUAUAAGUACCUUAAACCACGAGUUUGUUCAAUCCGACCCGUCAUCACCAAACUAAAUGUGAAAUAUGAACGAAAUAUAAAUUUUGAAAGUUUAAUAGAAGUUUUACCAUUACCAGAAAACUCAAGAGAUUUAUCAAUCAUGGUGCUUAGAUUAAUUGUAAAUUCAGUUAGAGGAUCUCAAAAUAUUUAUACUAAUACAUUUGGUGAUGGAUUAAAAUCGAUUUAUGGUACGAUUGAUCAAAAGAUUAUGGAGAGUGUAGAGGUUGAUUCAUGGAAGAUUGAUGAGAAUAUGUUGAAUGAGAUUAUUGAAAGUUAUUUUAGAGGUCAACUUGAAUUUAUUGGUUCUUAUUUGAGAGUAUCUUUCUCUGGAAAAGAUGUAUUUGAAAACGAUAUAAUUCCAGAAAGUAUGUCAAAACCUAUUGAAGGUCUUUGGCAUUCCAGCACAAUAGGUUGGGAUCGAAUUUCACAUAGAUCAGCAAUAGUGACUUUAUCACCAAUUCUUUUAGUAGGGAUUUUAUCAAUUUUACUUAUGAUUAAAAGUAGAGGUAAAGUACAAAAUCGGUUUCCUUUAGAUGAUUUGAUUUGCUUAAUUGAAGCAGCUGGAUCUGGAGAUUUAGUGAAUGGAUUUGAAAAAUUAGAACAAGAAGAGCAAGAGAAUUUGUUGAGAGAUUUUGAUGAAUGUAAGAAUCGGAAAGAGGUUUGUAGACUUGAAGAACUUGAAAGGGUUAAAGUUAGAUUAGAACAAGAAUUCGAUCAAGAAUCAGAGUGGAAUUUAAAGUAUUGUCCUUGA